AUGCUACUGCGUGUACUUCGGGUAGUCUUAGGUGGUGCAACUGUAACUGCUGGCGCAGCAUUAGUUGCGUUGUAUAUUUACCAAAACAAGCUCAUCUAUCCUUCGUGGGCCCAGGGGGCUCGAGAUUUCGUCGAUACCCCAGACAACUAUGGAUUGCCCUAUACAGAGCACCACUUAGAAACAGCGGAUGGGGUCGAAAUCAGAGCUUAUGACAUUCGAAAAGAAAACUCUGCAGUUACAUGGCUCAUCCUAUGCCCAAAUGCUGGAAAUAUGGGGUAUUUUCUGUCUGCGGUGGAAUUGAUCUAUCGCAAAUUCAACGCUAGCGUGUUCAUAUACUCGUAUCGUGGGUAUGGCUUUUCACAAGGUCGACCUUCAGAACAGGGCCUCAAGCGUGAUGCAGACGCGGUUUUGAGCUUUCUUCAGAAGGAUUCGUUUUUCAAAACCCAAAAACUGGUUCUUUACGGCAGAUCACUGGGGGGUGCAAAUGCCAUUUAUAUUGCUAGACACUAUUCACACCUAUGCGAUGCCGUUAUCCUGGAAAAUACGUUUUUGAGCAUCCCAAAGGUCAUCCCUCAUGUAUUUCCCUGGUUGAGCCACUUUUCUUGGCUCUGCCACGAAAAGUGGAACUCAGAAAAUGAUAUUCAGCGUGUUGAUCCAACGCUUCCGUGGCUAUUUUUAUCGGGAAAGAAAGACGAGAUUGUGCCACCAACUCAUAUGGAGAAGCUUCACCAGCUCUGCAAGAGCGAACGAAAAACCAUUGUGGAGUUUCCUCGUGGCCACCACAAUGACACCAUUGUGCAAGCCUCAUACUGGGAGCACAUAGAGAAGUUUCUAUCAGAAAACCUAUGA